AUGGUGGAAGUGGUCGGCACGGGCGGAGUGCAGCGCCAAAGAUCAGUGACGAGGGGGAUCAAAGUAAAUACGGAAGAAAAUCGAGGCCAAAGGAUAUUAAUAGAAACCCAGCACGUCGACAGCUCCGGGAUUACGGUUGUACCUGAGAGGAAAGGCAAAAUGAGUCUCCCACCAGCGCCAACCUCUUCCCACUCGCGCCCUGAAUUGUGCGAUUCGCCAUCCAUGGUUCCAAUCCUGAAGCUGUUAUGGGUAAAGCAAUCAGUUACUUGUCAAUCGUCGGGCGCUUAUGCGAUCCCGUCCGGGCUUUGGAACGGUCCAGGUCACGUUGUGUCUGGUUCGCUACCCCUGGUUGUAUCCGUAGUCCGAUCGCUCGUUGCUGGUCCCUACAUAAUUGCAUCUAGAAAUGACUGGGAUCGAGAGCAUGGUAGCUAUUUAUGGCUAUAG